AUGCCCAGGGAUGACAACAUCACUGCUCGCCUCACCGAGCGACGUGAUGCAACCGAAGAUGAAGCUCGUUCUCUCCUCUCUGCCUCCUCCACCGAGGAUGACGACCUGGUAGUCCAUUCCGGGUCAAGCGAUCAGCGCAAUCCGCCCCCCAACCCUCUAGCUCCUCAAACAAACGGUCCUCGCCAGUCCUCGAUAUACAGGCCUCCUACGGAUGGACAGCGUCGCACUCUCCGUACCCCCAAUCGCGUCCGAUUCGACUUGGAUGACGAAUCCGAAGAUGAGCCGACCCCUGCCAAUGGCCAUGCGAGAUCGGAGGAGAAUUCCUCAUGGAUGGAUGAGGAGGAUUAUAUCUCGCGCGGUCCACGACGGCCGAGAAGCAGUACUGGGCAUAUGGCACCUCUCCUGACAGAUAUAGAGGCUCCCAGUGUUACCGUCGCAACGUCGGAUAACUUCUUCCCGGAGGAACAUCUGGAAAGUGCCCGACCUCGCAGCGGAAUGAGAAUGGCAUUUAUGAACAUGGCCAAUAGCAUUAUAGGCGCUGGUAUCAUCGGACAGCCUUAUGCUUUUCGUCAGGCAGGUAUGGUGAUGGGAAUAGUGCUGCUCGUUGCGCUUACUAUCACCGUGGAUUGGACGAUUCGGUUAAUAGUCAUCAAUUCGAAAAUGAGCGGCGCGGAUUCUUUUCAAGCGACCAUGCAACACUGCUUUGGCAAAAGCGGGCUCAUUGCAAUCUCUGUUGCUCAAUGGGCCUUCGCCUAUGGUGGAAUGAUCGCGUUCUGUAUCAUUGUUGGUGAUACCAUUCCACAUGUCUUAGAAGCCUUGUUCCCGUCCCUUCGAGAUAUGCCUUUUCUCUGGCUUCUGACAGAUAGACGGGCUGUAAUUAUCCUCUUCAUACUUGGUGUUUCCUAUCCUCUUUCUCUCUAUCGAGAUAUUGCUAAGUUGGCAAAAGCUUCAGCUUUGGCGCUGUUAAGUAUGGUGGUGAUUGUAGUCACUGUGGUCGUGCAGGGGUUCCGUGUCCCCUCAGAACUGAGAGGCGAUAUCAAAGGGAGUCUUUUCAUCAAUUCUGGUUUCUUCCAAGCUGUUGGCGUUAUCUCCUUCGCAUUUGUGUGUCACCAUAACAGUCUUCUAAUCUACGGCUCCCUCAAAAAACCGACUCUAGAUCGAUUUGCGACUGUGACGCACUACUCCACUGGGGUUUCGAUGCUCAUGUGUUUGAUAAUGGGUCUAGCUGGUUUUCUGACUUUCGGCUCGAAGACCCAGGGAAAUGUGCUAAAUAACUUCCCUGCAGAUAACGUCAUGGUCAAUAUAGCUCGGUUCUGCUUCGGUUUGAAUAUGCUUACGACCUUACCGCUGGAGGCAUUUGUCUGCCGGUCCGUGAUGAUGACUUAUUAUUUCCCCGAUGAGCCUUUCGAUCCAAAUCGCCAUCUAUUGUUUACUACAACUCUAGUAGUCUCCUCUAUGGUCAUGGCAUUGAUUACCUGUGACCUUGGCGCUGUGUUUGAGCUUAUCGGCGCUACAAGUGCGGCGGCAUUGGCGUAUAUACUACCGCCGCUCUGCUACGUGAAGUUGAGCAAGUCUAGCUGGAGAGCGAAACUACCAGCGUACGCUUGUAUAGCAUUCGGCACUGUAGUCAUGGGGAUCAGCCUCCUCCAGGCUGUUGCAAAGAUGAUCAGAAAUGAAGGCGGAACCCACACUUGCGGAAGUGUAAUUUAA